AUGGCACUCCUCAAACUCCUCUUUACCUGGGCGCUCUUUGCGGUCAUGGCGCUCGCUGCCAACCCCUGGGUAGCCCGCCACCGCCUCACCUCCGACCAAUACCAAUCCACCAUGAACGACCUCGUCGCUCAAGGCUACAAACCCACCUACGUAUCCGGCUACACCAUCUCCAACUCCCCGCGCUUCGCCGCCAUCUGGCAAAAACCAUCGGGAUGGGUCCCCGCCUGGGUCGCACGCCACGGCAUGACCUCUGACGAAUACCAAGCCGCUUUCAACACCUACACCUCCCAGGGAUACCGCCCCAUCCUCGUUAAUGGGUAUACGGUCAGUGGACAAGACCGCUACGUCGCCAUUUGGGACAAGUCGACCAGUGGAGCGUGGGUCGCGAGACACCGUAUGACAGCGUCCGAGUACCAAUCCCAGUUCAACACGUAUCUAGCACAGGGGUACCGUUUGAAGCAUGUCAGUGGGUACGCCAUCGGCACUGAAGCUCGCUAUGCUGCCCUCUGGGAAAAGACUCCCAAUGACAGCUCUGCCUGGUCCGCUCGUCAUGGUCUCACCUCUGCUCAGUACCAACAAGAAUUCAACACGAUGACUGCUCAGGGGUAUAGGCCUACUGUCGUCAGUGGCUAUGGUGUCAAUGGUGUCGAUUACUAUGCCGCCAUUUGGGAGAAGAAGAGUGGUCCUGCUUGGGUCGCCAGGCAUGGUAUGACUUCGGACCAGUACCAGACCCAGUUCAAUACCAUCACCGGACAAGGUUAUUAUCCAACGGUCGUCAGUGGGUAUACGCUCGGUAGCACCGACUACUAUGCCGCUCUUUGGUCAAAGUAA